AUAACAGCUAGUAUAAAACAAUUAUCUUCUUGAUUAUAUUAAACAACAGUAUCACCAUUGCAAUAACUUUUUAAGAAAACCUUUAUCGUUACAUGAUGCCAGGCUAUUAUUCCUCCGCCAAUUAAUAUAGUUCCUGAAAUUAUGAGUAGGCUGAAAGUGUGAUGGUUAAAUUGGUUCAUUAACUGUCGUGUAUCCACAGGUGUGUAUUCCUGUGUGUGUGUGUGUGUGUGUGUGUGUGUGUCUGGGCUCCUUCGUGACUCAGCCCAUCAGACUUGAGGACUGCAGCAGUCACUGAUUUUCUGAAAAGACUGUAGUCAUAUGGACCAUUUGGACCUGAAGGCAUAUCUUAGAUGGGAUUUGGAGGGUGUGCGUUGGAUAUCGGAUGUAAAGGUAGUGGUGCUGAGGUCGUGGUGUAUCCAGGUGAAAGCUGCGGACAGGUUACUCAGAAUAAAUCCCACACAGAGGCUGCUGACGACGGCUCCUGCAACCAAUAACAGGGAGAGGGCCCAGGCUGCUUAGCAACAGCCAACCCAGUUGGACUGGUCAGGACUGGUCCCUCCUAUUUUUUGGGGGUGGAGGGUGGACCCUGACCAGGAUGUUUUGAACAACAGAGUCCCAAAAAAUUUUGCAUCGUGUCUUCAAAUAGGAUAGAAGGAUCAGUCACAGGGCCCAUAAGUGGAUACUUUUCUAAAUUACAGUUCUGCAUUUGACAAGGAAGCGAUGACUUGCAGCCCUUUUGGAAAUACCGCAGCAUUUUUGAGCUCUGUUUAAAUUAUAUAAGUGGAUGGACUGCAACUCUGUGACAUACUAAAGAUAUUAUGGGAACAUGGAUUGGAAAAACUGCCAACUCUGCCCUACGGAGAAUGGAUGGACAUUUUAUCAAAUCUCAAUAUAAAGCGUAUAAAAAGGUUCAGGAGUAAAGCUCAAAUUAUCAUUCUGUAAAUAGCAUUUGUCUUUUUUUUUCCACAACCAGCAUGAGAAGGCCGAUGGUCAAGUAAAAGCCUGCACAUCACAGAUCAGAAGAAAGUUACAACAUUGUACAGAGCGACUGACUCUCGGCCUUCCUGACCUGAAGAUGAGUGUUUCUAAGCCUAGUGACAUCUUCUCUGUCGGGGGGAAGAGCGGGUCCAGCAUGACGCUUCCUCUUCACAGUGCAGGAGACCACAAUGGGAAUGCUUUCUCAAUUUCCUCUUCUUCAUCCUCCUCCUCCUCCUCCUCCUGCCUGGGGGAAUUGUCUCCUGAGUCACUGCGGAGUCUGAGCAGCCUCAGUGGUGGCCGGACUGACAGCCCGCAGGAUUAUGACAUGCUUGAGGUCACUCUGUUGACGACAGUUAUGACCAAAACGGAUGAAAUGACAGAUAUUGUCAUUUCAAAAUGGUCACAAGAGGAGGAAAAUAAACAAGAUGGUAAUGAUGAUGUCUCAGUGGGAAAGAUGCAGACGGUGACAGAACUGUCAGAAUCCAACGACAACUCUACAUCUGUUUACCUGGACGCCAACAGCAGCGAAUACCACCAAGACACCUGGAACGACAAUGACAACCUGACACUGGCCCUGUCCUUAACGACACAUGGCGGUAGCCGUGGUAAUAAUCAUGACCUCAGCAGUGGAAGCAGCAAUGGGAGAAGACGUGGCUCCUUAACUCCUGAUUCAGAUGCAACAGAAAUCCCUGAAGAUGACGAUGAAGAGGAAGCUUUGUUUCUGUCAGUGAGCUCUGACGUGGAUGUGCGGAGAACCGGCAUGAUCCUUACAAGCUCGAGCAGUCAGUCUAGCGAAGGCCCGCUGAACCCAGGUGACUCCGCUAUGACGACUGAGCUCCAGACAGAGGGGGCUGUAGCUGCGAGUGUAGCCGAUGACAAGAGGUCAGAGCAGGUGUUAGAAGUAGCCGAGGUCGCCUGUCCUCUGGAUUCACCUGGGAAAAGCCAGACAGAGCCUUCUGCUUCUGAGGACCUUAGUGAACCCACCCAGAUAUCACCUUCUACUCACUCUUCUACCAAUCCAGUUCAAGAUGCUAAAGAAGUCACCAUUCCCCCGCCUGAGGAAGCUGAAAGAUAUGCGGUGAGCUCCAAACCCGCCAACUCCAAUACUAGCCAGCCAGCCAGAGCAGCAAAAACCAAACCAACCGCUGUGACUUCAGCUGCCCCCAAGACUGCGGCUUCCACAGCCAUCAAAACCUCCAGUCUUGAGGCAAAGAGAGUUUCCAAACUGGACCUAAAAAAUGUCAAGGCUAAAGUUGGAUCUCGUUCCACCUCGUCCCCCCCUAAACCACAUGGCCAGCAGAACAAACCUGCUCCAGCUAACGGAAAGAAAGCUGUUCCUAGGAAGGAAGAAGUGCUUUCUAACGACGGGGGUAAAAGGCAAAGGUCAUCUCCGGUCAAAGUGGCCGUGGUACUGAAACCCAUCAGAGGAAGGAGCUGUAACCUCAAAACCAGCCACAAGACAGCAGCCAACGACUCUGCUCAGCCAGAGAAGAAGAGUGUGACCGUCAGUCGAACACUUUCAACCUCGACCAGCUCACUGGGCUCAGAGGUGGCUGAAGAAGGACCCCAGGACACACCCAGGAAGGCUGUCCAGGAGGUGCCUGAUACCGUGGAGAACAAACAUCCAAGUGAAGCUGCUGGUGAAGAGUCUGUGGAGGAUCAAAGGGAGGGUACUGGAAAGGCUUUACCGACAGAGUCAGCUGUGGAGAAAACAAGGACUCCUAGCCGGAAAGUCUCCUCCAAGCUGGGGCCCAAUGCCAGGCAGCAGGCGAGAGGCACCAGAGCGGAUAAGGGGCCCUCAGAACCAGCUCCACCUCCAGGCUCAGGGACUGGACCUCCAGGACAGGGGAGCUCUGGGCCCAGGCAAGCCCAGACUGAUGUCUCCAAGUUGGGAGAGGGUGGACAGAGCACCGGGGGUGGAUCUCCAACGAGAGUGAGACAGAGCCUAAGUCAGAGCCAGGGUAUCCCUAAACCUCGCACCACCACAGAGCGAGCAUCUGCAUUGGCUGCCCCGGGCCCCGCAACAUCCAACUCCAAAUCGACAGCCAAUCAGCAGCCACCAUCAGGGUCUGCGGGACGACCUGCUGCACCCAGUGCGUCAAAGCUUCCUGUUAAAGGAUUACCCACAAGCCUCAGCUCCUCGUCUCUGGGAAGCAACGAGAACAAUGGAGCCACAAGCAAAGCCCCUCCAUCAUCUCUCGGAGCUCCAGCACCAACAGGGACCAAGCCAGACGAGCGGCCCAGCCGAAUCACUCUUCCCGCGGGCAGCCAGAGCGCGGCAAAGCUCACCAGCUCAAGCGCCACAGCUCCCCCCUCCACCAGUACUCCGGGUGACGCAGUUAGCGCUAACAGCAACGGUGUCACUGCUGCUCCGAAGCCUCCUGCAAUGCGGAGCAGAGCUCUGUCACUGCAAGCCAGGACCACGGCUACAGGUUUGAAGGCCCCGUCGGUCACCAGCCACAUCACAGCCAAGACAGCAGCCGCCAAUCAAACAGCAGCAAAGACAACUUCUGCUGCCAAUCAGGGGCUGAUAAAGCAGGCGUCCCAGUAUCCCUUGCAAAGAAGCGGCUCAGCGAGACUCAGUCGACUGAACAACUCAGUCUGGGCUCAGCAGCUCUGCAUGACUGCCUGGCAGACUCCAGUGGACAAAAACAAGCCCCGGGAGGCACCGGCAAGAUCCACAAACUGCAACAGCAGCUCACAGCUAUCAGCACCUGCAGGAGGAAACAACCAGAACCAGCAGCAACCUCCACCAGACCUGGUACCGGAUGUUGUAAAUGCAAAUGCACCAGCGACAUCAGUUCUCCCAGUGCCUGCUGUUGAUACCGCCAACAAUGGGGCAGGCACCACUGGAGCCUCUGGGCUCGGGUUCAAAGCAAGAACCGGGUCACGGUCCAGCCCCAAAACAGCAUCCCGACUACAGAGCGCAUCCAAGCCUGGCGUGGUCGGAGCUGUCGUUGCAGACGGGACACUCACGGCUAAACAGAACCAGAGCAAAGAGCAGGCAGAGAAGAAGAACCAGGCCAUCAACCAGCUGAGGAAGCUGCUUGUCCAGGGGAAUAAGAGAGUGGAGGCUCUGGCUACAGUCAUCCAACAUCUCUUCACUGAGCGCGAGGAGACCUUAAAGCAGAAGAAGGAGUUGUCACUGGAACUGGCAAACCUCCGAGACGAGCUGGUUGAGUCGUCUCAGAGCUGCGAGCGUCUGCAGAAGGAGAAGGAGGAGGUGCGCGUCAGCUUGGAGGAGGCCUUGAAGAGGCUAGAGGAGCAGCACAAGGAGGAGCUGGUGCAGCUGGAGGACAGAUUGAGGAGUUUUUACCAAACAGAGUGGGACAAAGUCCACCAGACGUACCAGGAGGAGGCUGAUAAAUGUCGCAUGUUGAUGGAACAGCAGGUGGAGGAGCUGAGGAGCCGACAGGAAUUAGAAAGGAAGAACCAGGAAGUGAGUCACAGCCAGAAGAUGGAGUCUCUCAAGCAGCAGUAUGAGACCUCUAUACAAGAACUAAAGAGGAUCCAGCAGACAGACCUAGAGAACCUGGAGAAAACACUGAAGGAGACUGAAACUUCUCUUUCUGAGAAAAUAUCUGAUCUGUCAGCAGAGAAGGAGGAUCUGAAUGAGAAGCUGAAAGCAGAGGAGGAGAGGAGGAAGCGGAUACUAUCAGACAAGAAUCUGAAGGACUCCCACACUGUGUAUCUGGAGCAGGAGCUGGAGAGUCUGAAGGUGGUGCUGGAGAUCAAGAACAACCAGCUGCACCAGAAGGAGAAGAAGAUCAUGGAGAUGGACAAACUGGCGGAGACUAAUGUGAAACUGGAGGAGUGUCUGAAGAAGGUUCAACAGGAGAACGAGGACUACAAGGCCAGAAUGGACAAACACGCUGCUCUCUCCAAGCAGCUGUCCAGUGAACAAGCCAAACUCCAGCAGACGCUGCAGAAAGAGUCCAAGGUCAACAAGCGUCUGUCCAUGGAGAACGAGGAGCUGCUGUGGAAGCUGCACAACGGUGACCUGCUGGCUAGUCCCCGCCGCCUCUCACCCACCUCACCCUUCAGCUCCCCACGGAACUCUGCCUCCUUCCCCACUACCGCACCCUUGUCACCCAGAUAACCCACACACACAACAAACAACAACCCCCUUCCUCUCCUCUGACCUCCCGAUUCUCCUCAUCAUCACCUUUUUCAAGCCUCGCAAGGAUCGAAGCUAUUCCAAAUACAGUGUUGUUGGAUAUGAAUCCCAUGAUGAACUUGUACAUUUUGAAUAAUUAGCAUUAAAGACACUUGUUUUGAAAGUGAAAAGACAUUACAGUGGCACAGAUGCACUUAACGUCUGAGCGUGGGACUGGCCUUGCUCUCUAUCAGUCUCUGUCUACCAAACGCCUGGUUCUCCAACAAACCUUUCUUCUUUUUCUGAAGAAAACCUAAAUAACAGGCACACCUCAGGGUCUGUAUAUAACGCCUCACUCUCGUUAUGACUAUCCUUACCAUUUUCUUUUGUUAUGUUGUAUAGUUUAAAUUCAGCUCAUCCUGUUCUCUUUCUGAAGAGGUGGAUGAGAAAAAACCUUGGCUUCGUGGCGUAUGUACUUGUGGAAACAGACUCAAAGUUGUUUGGGUUUGGCAAAUCAUAAAAUGACGGGUAUUUGUUGGUGGAUUUAUGUGGAUUGUUUCGCCUUCUCCCUUUUUAAAGAGGACAUUUUUUUCCCCAAAGAGUGAAGCUCAAUCACUGUUCUGCUUUGGACCUCUGGAAGAAGUGAAUGAACUUCAUGUCCUUAACGAGGGCCAACAGGAACAAAUAUUCACUUUGUUCAUCUGAGGAAGUGACCUGAACCUUUGAUCCAAUGAAUAUGUGUUCCUCCGUGUAAGCUCCUCACAACCGCUACCUUAAUCUACUAUGUGGAAUGUAAUCACCCUUGGAUGUUAAGUCUGAGCGGGCCAGUUCAGGCACACACACACCCUCUCAGAGCCAUAUGCAGUUUAUUUAAUGAGGAGGGUGCUGGACAGGACCGUGUACCCACUCCCACCCCCAUUUUACUUUUUCCCUUAAAUCCCUGAUUAACAAAGGAAUCCGACCCCACAUCCUCUAAAAUCACCUCGUGCCCAAACAAACAAGGCAAAGAAGCUGAACUGGUGAGUUAAUGUGUCUUUGCUUUGGGUCACAUGUUAAAUUACCACAAAACCUGCCAGUGAUGGUUGCAGUCAUUUCCACAGUGAAAACUGACACACACUGGCCUCUGUUUUCACUUUGUCUGUCGUUUGUCCUCAAAAAACCUCAGAUGUGCCCAAAAUGCCUCAGUGAACCAUGUUCUGUUUUAUUUUGGACACAGAAUAAAUACAAUAUGACAUAA